CUUGAGUGCUCUCAAAAUUUUCCCUCACUUGGAGAGGUCAUGCUUCGACUCGUGCAGCCAUCCAUCCACGCCGUUCACCGCGCCCGAUGGGCGUUCACGAAGCGAGCUCCUUUCUCCAGCCUCCCUGAAGGAGUGACGAGACUUGUCAUGCCCGCCCUCUCGCCCACGAUGGAAUCCGGUACGAUUGCUGCUUGGCUGAAGAAGGAAGGUGAACUCGCGACGGCCGGCGACAUUCUGUGCCAAGUCGAAACGGACAAAGCCGUUGUCGACUACGAAAUGCAAGAUGACGCAGUACUCGCCAAGAUAAUUGUCCAGCCUGGCACAUCCGUAGACGUCGGUACUCUCUUGGCGUUCACAGUUGACGACGAAGAAACUUAUAGCGCGCUUGCUGCCAGCGGCGACCUCGCCAAGUUGACUGCAGACUCCGCUGUGGCCACUUCUUCCUCCUCCAAUCCUGCCGUUGAAGCGUCCCCUGCUGCUGCCGCACCCAGCACGGCACACGCUCCUGGCCACCGCGUGCCUCGCAUCCAAUUCCUUGGCAAACGGGCUCUUCUCCAUGCCAGCAACCAUGCUGACAGCGUGAAGGCGGCUGUUGCUCAGGCAGCAGCCCCUGUCGCUUCGACCGUGGUCAGUUCCACCCAAGCUGUGCCAGCAGCGACUGCAGUUCCUUCUGAUGGUGAUUUCAUCGACCUACCUCUUUCUAACAUGCGCAAGAUCAUCGCGAAACGCCUGACGGCGUCCAAGGUCACAGUUCCCCACGCCUAUGCGUCCAUCGACUGCGAGAUUGAUUCGAUUAUGAAGCUUCGCGCGCGACUGAAGAAGCAGCACGGCGUCGCGGUCUCCUUGAAUGACUUUUUGCUCAAGGCCGUUGCGUCCGCGCUGCGUGACGUUCCCGAGGCGAACUGCGGGUGGGACGCUGCCACCAACACGAUUGUACCGAAUUCGUCUGUGGAUAUCUCUGUUGCUGUCGCCACCGACACCGGCCUCAUCACGCCCAUCGUGCCCAAAGUCCAAGCUCUCGGCUUGACCUCUAUCAACUCCACGUUCAAGGAACUCGUUGCGCGUGCGCGUGCCAACAAGCUCAAGCCGGAGGAAUUCCAAGGCGGUAGCUUCACUGUGUCCAACUUGGGCGGGUUCGGCAUCGAUAACUUUACCGCUGUCAUCAACCCUCCUCAAGCGUGCAUCAUGGCCGUCGGACGUGGUCGUGCCGAGUUUGUCGUGCCCGACGACGAAACGUUGCCACCGCGCAAGGUCACUCUGCUGAACGUGACUGUUUCGUCCGACCGACGUGUCGUCGACGACGUCAUUGCAGGGCAGUUCCUGCAAGCUUUCAAAAAGUACAUGGAAGAGCCUGACUUGAUGCUGCUCUGAGGGAGGAAUCCUUCUGCGUCGUCAUAAAACAGUAAAUAGAGUGGUGUCAAAACGGAUGACAACGUUGGCAUGUCGUUGGAAAAAUGAC